GAAGCCGGACCUUCUUGGGCGGAGACAGCGAGCGGAUCCCGGCUGUGAUAGGUGGAGUCCCGCAGAAUGACAGCCAUGUACUGCCCUCAGCUUUGCCAGUUCCGCAGAGAGAAUGAGGAAAAUCAACUUGUCCUUUGCAGCCUGUGGGUUUCUGGGCAUUUACCACUUGGGGGCAGCAGCUGCAUUUUGUAGGCACGGCCAGAAGCUCCUGAAAGAUGUCAAAGCUUUUGCUGGCGCUUCUGCGGGGUCCCUGGUUGCUUCUGUCCUGCUAACAGCGCCAGAAAAACUGCAGGAAUGUGACCAAUUUACCUACAAGCUCGCUGAAGAAACCAGAAGCCAGUCUCUUGGGGCGAUGACGCCCGGUUAUGAUUUCAUGGCCCGACUGAGGAAUGGAAUGGAGUUGAUUCUUCCUCCCAACGCCCACGAACUGGCCCAGAACAGACUGCACGUAUCCAUCACUAACACCAAGACCAGAGAAAAUUACCUGGUCUCAGAUUUUCCCUCCAGGGAAGACCUCAUUAAGGUCCUCCUUGCUAGCAGUUUUGUGCCCGUUUACACCGGACUGAGACCAGUGGAAUACCAAGGGCAGAAGUGGGUGGAUGGAGGCCUCACCAAUAGCCUUCCCGUCUUGCCCAUGGGUCGCACGGUGACCAUCUCCCCCUUCUGCGGGCGGCUGGACAUCUGCCCACAAGACAGAGGGCAGCUGGAUCUGUACCUGAACAUCACCAAUCAGGACAUAAUGUUGUCCCUGGCCAACCUGGUGAGGCUGAACCAAGCCCUCUUCCCACCAAGCAAGAGGAAAAUGGAAUCCCUGUAUCAGUCUGGAUUUAAUGACACUGUUAAGUUUUUACGGAAAGAAAACUGGUUUGAAUAAAGCGCCUAUAAGUGUGUAAUGCAAAAUAGGUUUCAGACAGCUU